UGGACGAAUGUUUGGAUGGUAACACAGUAUUUUCAAUGAAAUGUGUAAAAUACAAACUUAAUUUAAUUGAUUUAAAAGUGUAAAAAUGUUGGAUUUGUUAUAAACAUGCCCAAGAAAAAAGGAAAAGUUGCCAAGACCUCAAAUAAGCGUGGAGAGUCUUGGUCAGCUGAAGAUGUCAAAGUUCAUACUAGUCUGCCACCACAAGUUGAUGGCCAGCUUCGAUGUUUCUGUAAAGUUUCUGUUGAAGAAGUUAUCUGGAACCGUAAUAUACUCCAACCCCCUGAAAUUACUCAAGUCCGUAUAAAAUGGUGGGGUGAGUCAGGGGAAGGAGCUGUAUUUAAGCCUGUGGAUGUUUUUCAAAAUGGUCGAGGUAAUUACUGUACAACAGCCAGAUAUCCUGUGAGAUCAGGGUUAAAGCAGUUUACAUCAUACCUCAAUGAUAUGGGAUGUAUGACACUAGAGGUGCUGACCAGUCCUAUGGCCGUACCAGUAGGAGUAGCUGAAAUAUCUGAGAUAGGAUUGUUAUCAAAUCUGAGAUCGAUACAUGGUAUUUAUCCUGUUUUCUCACCAAAUGAUGAUCAAAUAGCAGAGUUAAAAGUAUCAAUAAUGUUAGAGCCAUUAAUGGAAUCGUAUGACAGUAUGGGAUCAAUACCAACAACAGAUAUUAGUAUGGAAACUUACGCAACCCAGGAAUCAGCGUUACCCCAUCGUGUUUUACCCGAACCAUACUCACAUCUGCCACCACAACCUGAUGACGAUCUCUUUAUAUCUCCAGCUUCACAUAUUAAUAAUGAUUCUAGAAGAGGAGAAACUAGUUCAUCAUUAAGAUAUGCGGAUGACCUUCGCCAAACCUUGAACUAUGACCUACCAGAGGUUAAAACAAAAGACAUGCCAGCUGUAUCUAGUGGUAGUACAGUAUCUAUAACAGCUAAUGGAGAGGUUGUCACAACUAGAACUUCUACAUUCUCUCCUCCAUCUAAACACAUUGUACAAAGUGUUGAUUCAGGAUUUAAUUCCGUCAGAGAUACAGGACAUCAAGGUGAAUCAGAUGUUUUAUCUGUGUUAUUAAAUCGUGGUAAUAAAUUACGUGAAGCUAUGAUUGUAUCAACUUUACCCAACUCCACAUCUACAGAUAAUAAUACCAAAGAUAUACAAAUAAGACAAUCUUCCUCCAAUGACCUGUUUAAAGAUAUAUUGCCCAGUAAAAAUAUACUCCCUGUAGCUUCAACAUCAUCAGCUACUGACAUUGAUGGGGUCAAUACUGUUGACCUUGUUGUUGGAUCACAUGUAGGAAGUCAAGAAUUCCAGAAGUUACAACAGAUGGUAAAUGGUAGAAGUCCAGGGUCAAGUUUCUCCAGUGACCCGGAAGUACUUAGUGAUCCCUGUGACCCCCUACAGGAACAAGAUAUUAUAAAUGAACUCUUUUAUAAAUAUUCUGAAAGUGAUGGAAGUGCCUUAAGUGAUUUUAGUCCAGAUGAAGAAAUCAGAGCCACAAGAUCGCGAUCUCGGACAAAGUCAGGAACUCGGUCAAGAUCAAGAUCUAGAUCAAAAUCAGGAUCUAGAACACGGUCCAGGUCUAACUCUGUAUCUUCAUUAAAAGAUGCUGGUAAUGCAAGACCAGCGUCAAGGAGGUCAUCAGUAUCUACAAUAUCAACAGCUCCUGUUUCAGAACCAGCAAAGAAAAAGACAACUACAACACGUUCAAAAUCUAAAACAGGGACGACGAAAAAAUUAAAAAGAAGAGGAAGUAAGAAAAGACUGGUUUCUAAAUCGAGAAGUCGUGGAAGUAGUGUCAGUGAUUUUAGUGAUAGUGAUAUGUUAAGUACACCGAGAUCAGAAACAUCGCGGGUAUCAUUUGAUAUGAUGGAUUCUGAUCUAGAAGAUGCAACUCAAGAUGGACCAGUGGUGAAGAAAACUAUUGAUGGGUUGAGUGUUGAACGUUUGACCUUAUUAGGACGUGUACAUGUUGCCAGGGUUACUAUUGAUAGUAUAGAUUUAAAUGAAUUAAAUAGUUCUAUAGUUAGUCGGAAGAGUAGUAAAUCUGUGAAAUCAGGGAAGCCACCAAGACCAGCAUCAAAAACUAGAAAACAUAGUACAUAUUUUAUUGAAUAUCAGUUUCCUGUUGUAGCUACAUCUAGAGAUAAAUAUUCUCCUAAUACCAUGGCAACGGAGGUCAUGAGAGUUGCUUCAAAGAAUAUUAAAGAUGGAGUUGUAUCUUUCAAUCAUCGGUCUGUGUUUCCUAUCAUGUUUGAUGGAGCUUCCGUUGAUAAAUGGUGGAAAUCAGCUCUAGUCUUUAAAAUAUUUGCUCGAGAACCAGGACAAAAAACACCAACACCUAUUGGAAGUUGUGGUCUACCUUUGAAAAGCAUUCUCCGAUCGGAUGGAUUGUUCCUGAAUAAAAGUCUGGAAGUCCGAGAGACAGGGAAGACAGGAUCACAGAUUAACGGAUCCUUCCGAGGAUCUGGGACAGUAUUAGGUUAUCUAAAGGCAGGCGUAGAACUGGCUUCUGAUCAUAAAGAUUUUGCCACAGCCUUGGCGAGAACAAAGAUUGCCGAAAUAUCUGGCAAAUCAAAGAUAAUCCCCCUUCCACAACCCACUCCUCCUCCCCUUCCUCCAGUCCCAUCAGACAAUAUUAUAUCAGAUUUAGCGAAUCAUAUCAAACAACGAGAAUUAGAAGAACGCAACAAAGAAACCAUAGUAACCUCCCAACCGUCCAACCAAAUGCAACAAGACAUUCCAGAAAAUAUUCCAUCGACCAAUCAAAAUAUCCCACCAGCUGUUAAUCAGUAUAGAGAUGAGAAAAAGAUAACCAAUCAGAGUGAGCCUCAGAACCAUACAAAUCAAGCAGUGUAUCAACUUCCAUUGAGAAAUCCAAACAUUCCAUUAGGUGAAUGUGAGACGUUAACAUUGAAUAUGAUGUUAUAUAUACCAGACGGACGUAAUAUGACAUCACAGGGAAUUCCCCCUCUACAUGUAGUCAAUAAACGACCAGUUAUAUUACACCAACAGCAGACAGGUAAUCGUGAUUUAAGUACGCGAAAUACGUAUUUAGUUUGUCGUAUGUUUUGGUGUGAUGAUGCCGUUACAUCUAAUGUUUGUUGGGGUACAACUCAACCCAACUAUAAUUUUCUACAGGUGGCGCCAGUGUUAAUUACUCCAUCUUUACUGGAGAGAAUGAGAAAUAAUUUUAUGGUAAUUGAAGUUUGGGAUAAAAAGACAACAGCAGAAAAUGACAAGCUUAUUGGAAUAAUUAAACUAAGUUUACAUCAGUUUUUUAUGUCGUUCAGAGAAAGAAGAAUAGCUAAUGCAUUAAUUAAAUCACAGUAUCCAGUUGUAGCUGUUGAUAAUUAUUUACCAGUAUUAGAUCUAUUUACUGGUUAUCAGUUCGGACAGAUUCAUGUUCUAUUAGCAAUGGGUACAGCAGAACAAGUAGCAUUGUUACAGAGGCAGAAGAUGAAUGACAAUGAUCUAAUGAGUGUACCUGAACGACCAAACCAUCAUCUAGAAAGGGAAGAUAUAUUUAGUAAAGAAGCCAUUAUGAAGUCAGAUCAAGUCAAUACAGUUGAACAUUGUUUUGAAUUAUCUAUCGAGGGUAUAAAAGAUUUAAAGUUAUUUGAAAAUAUGAUAUGGGGUGAAGCUGAUUGUUUCAUCCAGUAUCAUUUUCCUACACAACUAGAAACAGAUGGUGUUAAAUAUCCCACGCCUACUCUACGAUCAUAUAGAACCGGUACGACGUUAUGUAUACCUGAUCCUGUAUUUAAUGAUGGUAACAGACAUCGUAUAUCAUUACAACAAGGUACACCAGUACAGAGAGAACUACUCACAGCAUGUGCUAAUUCUGGUGGGGGUAGCGGUGGUUUACCGUUUGAAGUUUGGUGUCGAUAUUAUCAUCCUAAUGUACGAGAUCAAGUCAUAGCUAAGGCUACUUUACCAUUAGCUAAGCUGUGUGCUAUGGUAACAAUGCAGAAACGAGGAGAACCCUCUGUACAAACAUUUUCACUUCCUCUUUCACAAGUUGCCAUGGGAAAAGAUCCAGAUUCAGAAGCUAAAGCCACUUAUGUAGAGUCUGGUAUGUUAGAUAUAACACUACAUUAUAAAUCACAGGUUAUCAAGAAAGAUGUUAAUAUAAAUACAACUAAUACCAGUAUUAAUACAUCUAAUGUUUGUAUAGCUGUUGGUGUUAUUAAAGCUACUGGCUUAAAGGCUGCAGCAGAUCAUGUUGCUAGAUUAGAUGAAUCUAUGAAAUAUCCAGCAGAAGUUGGUGUUAAUACUUAUAUCAGAAUUAAACUAUCAUUCUUACAACAGGGAGAGAGAUUAACAAAGACCAUAGCCAGAACAUUUGCUCCAGAAUUUUCCCACUAUCUGGAUUUCCCCUGUCCACUUCUGUUCACCCAGCCACUAGCAGAUGCCAAGAGUUUAGCAGAAAUAUUGGAAUCAGCAGAAGCUGUGUUUGAAGUUUGGCAUCAAGUUCCGGGUUCUUCUUAUGGCCAAAAUCCAGUUGACCAAUCAGAUGAAGUAUCAGGAAAGGUUAUGUCUAGUCGACAGACGUGUGAUACUCUAUUAGGAACCACAACAGUUGCUUUAUAUCCUCUUCUAGCUCGUAAAACAGGUUUGAUUGGUUGGUUUCCUAUUAACCGUCCUACCAUUGGUUGGAAUAAAUCAACAAAGGAAGAUGUAGAUGAAGAAUUAGUCCAAUCAGAGUCUAGCGAGUGUGUGGGAUUAAAGCGUGUUGUUGGUGGAUUAGAGUUAUCUAUACAAUUUGCCCAGCGUGAUGAUAGAGAGCGAGUUAUAUCAGCUGGACGGAGUGUUGGGUGGUCACCAAUUGAUAAUACUCUAGAACAAGUUGACUGGGAUCUAGAUGGUGAAUUACGAAAGGAGUUUGAGAGGGUGAAGAUCAACGUUGAGAGGAUUUAUUUCCCGUUACAGAAUGCCCUAGUAACAGGACAGACAACAUUAGAUCAUAAUGCUAGAUGUUAUAUCAGAUAUAAAUUCUAUGAUAAAGGUGCUGUGAUAUCUAAAAAUGUUCCCUUGACAACCAAUGAUGCUUGUUACCUAGUAACCAAUGUUAAACAUCAACAUAAUUAUAUUUUGCCCAAAUCUUCUACAUAUCAAUGGUAUCUACAAGAAGAGAAACUAGAAAUACAAGUGUGGGUUACUUACUCUCGUAAAAACAGCAUGGAAAAACGACCAACACAGAGAGAUAAGCUGAUUGGUUCAGCCUAUGUUGAACUCAGUGAACUAUGUAAACAUAAUCGUACUCAUCACAGAAUCAGCGGUAUUUAUCCACUAUAUAAACCUGGAUCCAACAAUAUGGGAGGUAGCUGUAUACAAGUACAGAUUAAAGUUCAACCACAUAAGUCUAAUCAGCAAAACGGGUCAGAUGAAGAAGAUAUGAAUGCACAAAUAUUGGACACGGAUCAGGACUAUGAUUCUCAAGAUAGUUUCCAUCAAUUAAUGUCAGGUGUUGGAUCAAGUCCAGAUAAAAGAGUAAACCAGGAUGGUCUAACGGAUGAGAACAGUUUUAUUGUCCAUAUUAGUAUUGAACGUGCCAUGCAUUUACCUACUGUAACUCUUAAAGACAGAUCUGGAGAGAUAGCACCAUCAACAUAUGUAUCAUAUCAGACAUGUGAAGGUAGUCGACCUAUCUGUACAGAUAUUGUUCCUACUUCUGUUAAUCCUGUCUGGGAUCACAAUAAACAAUCACGUCUACCAAAUACAUUCUUCCAGAAAAACACUAGUAAUUUGGUUUUCAAAGUUUGGCAUAAGCCACAAGAAGCAGCUCGAAGUCCAGAUAAAUCUAGUGAUCGUGUUUUAGGGUUUGUAUCAGUUGAUUUAUCUCCCCUGUCGUCAGGGUUACUACAGAUCUGUGGCUGGUAUAACAUCCUGGACUUUAAUGGUCAAUGUCAAGGUCAGAUGAAGGUCAAUAUAACUCCAGAGACAUCAGUUUCACCUCAACGAAUAGCAGAUGCUUCUUUCUACUCCUCACAGAUUAAUUCUUCAGUGCCUUCAAUCCCAACAUUUACUGCAUGGACGUCAACCUAUAACAGUGCUACGCCAGAUACGUCUUCCAUUAUUUCACAGCGCCACCUAGAGGGAAUCCGUCGACAUCAUCAACAAAUCAACGAACAAUUACAUCAUCGCAUAGCAACUAAAAUGGACCAAUCAGUGAUGAGCCAGCAGAGAACAAACACAACUCAGCAUUGGAAUCCAAACUUCUCUUUAAAACUUGACGAAAAUUCUUCAAAAUCCUUUCUCUUCUCUUCUCUUAGACAACAACUGGAAGAUCUUGACACUAUUACAGAAAACUUCAAACAUCGACUUAAUCAUCAGGACAGUCAGAGUUUACCUCUGGAAACAGAGACUCGCGUCACUUCACGGAAUACAAAGUCUGGCUCCUCAUUGGUUGAUAGUCGAGAACAUUAUGAUGUAACAAAUACUGUGAUUGAUUCAAAUAACGAAUCUUCGCAAAGUGCUGUUGAUUCGGGUGCAUUUUCUGGUGAUAAUCUAUGUCGUAAAAGUGAAGACGCAAAUCAAACAAGAACUUCAAACCUUGUCACGUUCACAACGUCUGUGCCACAAAAUACCUCAAAUAACUUUAAUGAUGACAUGGCUUCAUGUGCUUCGAUCAGGAAUAAUUUUAAUAAUUUAAUUAAUGCUCAUCCAGUCUUAAACCAAAACGAGGCUGUGUUUGGUCUUCCUCCGCUUGCUUCUCGAUAUCAAGACACAACUUUCGAUGCCGAGAACAGUACAGGUUUUAUUCCAAAGACACAUAUCCCAUCGGAAAUGGAUAAUAUUCAUUCCAGUUCACUCACAGAGUCAAAUAAUGAAACGUGGAAAGGUACUUCUCAUCGGGAAGAUAGCAACUUUGUUGAGAAGAAGGCCGGAGAUCGCUGGGAGAGUGGUGAUGAGGAAUCGGAGGAGGAGAAGUUUGGUAGUUAUCAUCGGUAUCGUGAGAUGCUGGAUGACGAAGAUGGUGCCGGAUUUGAAGAAGAUGAUGGAGAGGAGGUCAUCACUCCUAGAGCACCAAAUGAUUUCUCUGGGUUUUAUGCCAAGAACCGAGAAUCUGCUAAUAACCAAGCAGAAGAAGAUCUGAAUCCAGCUGAUAUCUUAGCAGCUCAGUCAUGGCCAAUCAGAUCGGCUCCAUUAACCAGUCGAAACUCUGAUACCUUUGGUCAAACAAGUGAUGAAACUGGCCAAUCAAAUACUGUGAUAGAUAUGAGAAAAAGUGAUAUUAGCCAAUCGCAUGAACAAUAUUUGCGAGAAGAAAGAGACGCGGAAGAAACUCCACAAAAUUCUGUUUCUCGUGUGCCGUAUUCUGGUGCUUAUACUAUCGAUAGCUGGUUGUCGGAUGAUGGUAAUGAGAUCAACGAACACACAGAUCAACACGAACACGAUUUAUUGGAAACCAUCCAAUCAGUGUCAGACACGGAUCAACCAAUCAAUCAUCUUCUCUCCAAUGUGGAAUUAAUCGACACGUUAACAUCAACGGCUGAGAAACCUCUCAAUUUGGGAUCAAGCACAGAAAAAAGGGUCUUCUCUAGAAACAUGUUGUCGAGAGUGGAACUUGAAUCAGUGGAUUCCGGAACAACACACCAUCCAGAUUCCAGCAGCUCUAAAGCCUCAAGACAGUCAUCUGCACAAAGUCGAGAGUCACGCAAAGUGGAUCACAUGACAGACCAUCAGCCAAUGAACCGUCAAACACAUACCGAUCCACAUAAAGACGAGAGACCUCAAUCAGAGAGCACACCACGGUCGAACCUAGAGUCACAUGAUAUGUCACAUGAUGAAGGUGUCGUGACCUCUAGAACAGAGGACCUUGAUUCAUAUUUUAAUCAAGGUCAGAAUCGACAGUUGAUUUAUUCCAUGUCAUCAGAUGAUUCUCAUCCGUUCCAGUUCAGUGAAAGCUUAAAAUUGGCAGGAAAUUUAUCUCCACUUAACAGCCAUAGACUGGGUGAUAUGUCUACAGCAAGAAAUAUCGACGGAUUUAUCCAGACUGAAGUUCACAGUGAUCGCACAACAGACAGCGGAUUGGAAUCUGCAACAAAAUCGUCUCAAGAUGAGAAAGAGACAUUUUCUAUGCUUGACUCAACGCUAGUGGAAAAAUCAAACCUACCCAACUUUUUCCCGGGUAUGGGAGAACUACAGGCGUCGAUGAAAGCUUUACAGAUGGCAACAUCGGCUGCCACCUAUGUUACAAAAUCGGAUAAAUUGACACCAAGAUCAGCUAAUAAAGCUCAGGCUGCAUCAGAAUUAGCUGCCAGAUUAGCUACAAAAAACAAAUCAAAGACAAUUAGUGCCAAAGGGAGACAAUUACCAACAGCAGAUGAGGCCAAACGGAUUGCAAAAAUAUUUUCAGCAAAAUUGAGCUAAAUCCAAAUCAACAAUUAGAGUGAUUGUGUUGUCUUAGGACAGUAUUUUUGUUCAUUGUUUUCACCUAUAGAAUGUUGGAGUUAAUGUGAAUUCUAAUAAUUUAAAAGUUAGAUUUUCAUUUCAAUAAACUCACCUCUGUUUAGAAGUUUAAUAUUUCUGUAGAGUCGUAACAUCCCAAGUAGAUUAAAUCACUAGAACUAUAUUCACAAAUACUAAUAUAAUAUUAACAUAAUCUUUAAGUGGCAUUUAGUGAUUGGGGUACACAAUAACAGAACACAAUUUUUAUGGGAAACAAUGUGCUUGAUAACGAUAAGAGGAUACUUGUCGAAACGUUGUGCCAUUAGAAUAAAACCAGUGAUUGUUUCCCAUAAAAAUUGUGUUCUGUUAAUAUUAACAUGGUCCUGUUGCUCUCAACUCUGAAAGACGUUCUGUAAUAAAAUGUCACUUUGACAAUCUAAAAUGUUACUGGUAGGGUUGGGCAAAAUACUGGUCUUUCGGUAUACAUGUAUCUUGAUAAAAUCGUCGGCGAUUUUAGUAUAUUGGACUAAUUUAAAAAUAUCUAAAAAUCUGUAUAUCGUGAUGCCCCAAAUUAUCGCGAUAUGAUAAUUAUCGUGUCCCAAUAUUGAUGAUAAUACAUAUGCUAUAUCAUCUCCUAUGAUAUUCUAUUGAUAGAAUUAAAUUCAUCAGUAAAAAUAGCUGGUCUAGGGUAAAUCUCCAUCAUGGAUCUAGCGACGUUAACAACAAUAAUUUGACAUCAAGCCAACAAUUUUCGGCCCAAGUAUUCAAAAUUUAACUAUCACAAUAUUAUUUUUUUCAUUAUUGCCCAACCCUAGUUAAUGGGUAGAAUUUGUGAAUAUGAAUUUACACAGUGUAAUUUUUCUUUGUGAUGGGUUCCAUGUGUAGAAUGUAAAAACACAAAGACCUGUUAAAUGGAAUACAAUAAUUGGCGUGAUGCUUCAACAAGUGUUUUCUUAACGUUUUCAACAACCACCCCCAACAAUAACAGAACUUUUGCUGAAAUGUUGCCCCAUACACAGUAUGUUUGAUUAAUCAGUGAUUGUAUUCCAUAUAAAUGGUUUGUUUUUAUAAUGUGAUAAAAUUUCACUCAUGGACUAUAUGGAAUAUGCAAUACAUGAUAUGAAAUAGGGCGUAAUGCACUGUACAUAGAUAUACACUAAAGCAAAAUACACAUUAUACAUUUUUUAUUAUCACAGAAUUUUGUAUAUUAUUUGAAUACAGAAUUCUAAAUGUAACAAACCAGCGGCUUUAUGUAUUUAAAGGAUGGGGCCUUUUCAUUGGUUAAAAGUUCAAAUCCUAGUACAAAUUUUAGCUCCUGACCAAUGGAAAUGCUACAUUCUUUAAUAUUUUGGGUAAAGUUUUUGUGAAUAAGACUCCUGUAUUUAUAUGUAUUUUGUAGUCUUGUGAAAGAAUUGACAAGUGCCCUAUAUUUUGUUGCCUUCUUUAUUCAUAUUGCCUUUGAUUUUAUUAACUAGUUUAUCUCUAGUUAAUUACGAUAUAAAACCAAAUAACCAUGUAGACAAACAUAGUACAGUUUAUCUGCCUUCAUUUAAUUUAAUUAUUAGUAAAAUUACUUUUGUAUUUGAUUUUCUUUGAUCAGUAAUAUUUAUUUCUUUGCUCAAUUAAAUAUGAAUUGUUAAUUUUAUUUGCUACAUGCAGUAGACUAAUCUAUUCAUUGUUCAACAAUCAUCAAUAUAUUUAACUUACCGUGUAUUUCAACGUUAUAACCGUCCUGGUCCUUAAUAAAUAUUCAAUAAAAGAGGGUACAUAUUGUUACAGAGAUUUCUAGAUGUAUCUGGCUGGUUUACCUAUUGUAAUCCAUGAAAUCUGAUACUGGCCGAAAAAAGGUACUCAAGAUUUUCCAGUCUGCUUUCCCUUUGUUAGUGGUGUAGUACGGAAAACCACCUAGUUGUUUGGAUGGGACAAAAAACUGUAAUUCACCUCUGCACUCAUUGUUGUACAUGGAAAUUAAGGAAGAAAACCCUGCUGGUGGGUGUUUAUUGGAAUUUGGGCUGUUAUUAUGAUGUAAUAUAUAAUGGGAAUCACAAAUAAUUAUCAAUGUGUAUAAGGGGGAAGUAGAAAGUAUAAUAAUUAGUGUUUUUAUAUCUUCAACUAUUAUAAUAUGCCACUAAAAUAUCUUAUAACCGAAAUGUGUUAUUUUAUCCGUCCAGUAGUAUAACAUUAAACUAGUUCAAUGUUAUUUAUAACAGAGUUAUAAGAUGUAAUUAGUUUAUUAUAUAUACACACCCAACACUAUGCAUGUAUGAUUACAACUCUGACCGCCCAUGACAUAAGUCAAAUUUUUUAAUGCUAGAAAAUUUAUGGAUUUUUGAUAGAAAGUCGAUUUUUUAAUUUGGACUGUUCGCACACCCCUAAGGUGGGCACUAAUGAUUGUUAAGAGUGAUCUCAUUUUGAUUCUAUAUUUGAUUUAAUUCUGUAUUAUAGAAUGUUUAUAUUUAGUUAUUAAUCACAUGAUAUCAAUAGCCUAAAUAACAGAGAUAUAAAUUAAUCAUAGACAAUUAGAACUGUUUAUGUAAUAAGCAUUACUCUUAUCUUCUGUUGAAUUAUUUAAAAAUAAAUCUAUACAAUGAAGAGAUGAGUAUAUUUUUUCUAAAUGAUCUGAAAGUGAUGCAAGAAUUCUCAAUUAUUUCUGUCUUUAUAGUAUUAGUUUAUUUAUUUAUUAAAAAUUUGAUAAAUUAAAUGAAAAAUGAUGAUGUCCCACAAUCGAGGAAAUCCCACAAGAGUCACACAAACAUGUACAUGGUGAAAGUGAUUUAGAUUCCAUGCUAACCACCUGUUUUAAAGACAGGGAUUCCACUCCAUAAAGUAUGCAUGGAACCCACUGUGGAAUGGAACUCACAAUAUGUUAUUGCCCCCAUUGUCCAUUCACUUGGAAGAUAUUGUCAUGUAUAUAAUUGUAGGCUGUAAUGUUUUGUAAUUGUUGUAUAUUGUAAUGUAUUGUAUAUUAUGUAUAAUUAUAACCAGUAAAUAUUGUAUAUUAUAAUCUCUUAUUCAACUGUGAUAUCUCAUUUUAUUCUUCAACUAACAGAAAUACAGAACAUUGAGAAUGGUUUCCAUCUGGCAAAAUUAGUAGCAAUUUAAAUUUUAGCUCAAAUAAUCAUCCUAAUCCUAAUGGCCUAAAUUUUGCUUCAUUAGCUUUGUUACAGGAUUCAGAUAUAUUAAAUUACCUACAAUUGUUUCAGGAAGUUAAUGGAAAUUCUGGUAAAUUAGAGCGCUAGUAUUUUUUUCAAUCAUUUUACACAGCUCUGGACCUAGUAUUUUGUAUUGGAAUGUUUUACCAAUAUAGAAUAUUUUUGGAGCAUGCUAAAUUUUGAUAGAAAUUCUUUUGUGGUGGGUUGGUUCAUCAUUGUAUCACCAAAUAUCUCAUUAUGUAUUUACUUCAUUUAUUAUUCAUAUAACCUCAGGUCACAGGUCAUAGUUCACUAGGAUUGUAGGCAGUAGUUAUAAUAAAUUAAUUAAUUAAUUAAUAUUGUUUGCAUACUUUGUUUUAAUUAAAAUACACCGUUAAAUUUAUGUACAUUGAUGCUCACUUAACUCAUGGGCCUUAUUCAAAAAGCUGAUACUUAAACUAAAAUAUUUUUAUUAGCCAAAAGCUAAAAUUUAUGGAGAAACUAGAUCCACCACGGUCCUGCACCUGAAGAUUUCGUCAGUCUUCAGAUGUAAACAUGGUUAGCGCUAACCCUAACCCUAACCCUGGACUAAGCUUAACCCUUACCUUAACAUAUGAUGUCAUAUCUGCAAGACGGUCUCAGAUCUAGUGUUCUCCAAAAUUAAGGGCUUAGCUAAUUAAUAUAAAUAUUGUGGAGAUAUUUUAGUCUAGUAUUCACGAAUAACACCCCUGGACAUAGUUAAAAAGGACACCGUUUGUUUUAUUUGCCUUAGACCAAAGUCGCAGUAAUUUCUGGUUGUAUUUUGGUUCAUCCAGUGCCAUUUAGAAUAAUUCCAUGCUAAAAAAUCUUGCUUUGGGCUAUAUUUUACUGAAAAGUAAUUGCCAUGUUAAAAUUUCGUUUGUACAUUUCAAUUAACAUUAAUUGCUGUGGUGGGGAAACAUAUAUUUUGUAAGAUGCAGAGAUUUCUUUAUGUUUGACCAACAUUUUAUUCCAAUGGCAUUAUUCUUGAAAAAAAUUUUUAAAAGAAGGUCCGUCUAGGAAUGUCUAUUGUGGCAUAGUUUAAUGUAACUAAUUCCAACAAAUAUCAUUUUGGCUACAAUAAAUUCUUAUUUCUAUAAAUCUCACCACCCCCAAAGUGCAUGAACAUUCAGAUAUCCGUAAUUUAUUAAACCAUGUGUAGAUAUAUAAGAAAUCUUAUAAAAACACAGAUCCUAUUUCGUUUCGUUUUUUAUAGUUCAAAAUUUCGUUUUACUUAUAUUACCGGCGUUUUGGUUGAAGUGAGGGUUAAGCCAAUGAAACGGUCUGUUACGACGACUUCUUGGCGUGCCAUGCACGGAACUGUGUGUAAACCACUAGAAAUGUCAACGCUGAUUGAUUAAUCAAUGUCCGACGUCAUACGAUCAAAAGCCGCUCGUACGACCCCUGACACGACCUUCGAGUACAACCUGUCAGAUCUUCAUGUAGUGUAGGCCAUCGAAAGUAUAAAAAAACGAAACGAAAUAUAGAUCUGUAUUUUAAUCCGAUUGAUAUAUAAGAUGAAUCCCGUUACCUCGAACUAAAAGGGUCGACAUGAAAUAGUCGAGAUAAACAAGGCUGGGGUCAUCCAAACUAUCGGCUGUGAGAGUUGCCAUUUUAAAUUAUAUUAAGUACUGUAGAUUAUAUUUGUUGUGUACAGUUAGCUGUAUUUAUUAUUUAAUAUGAAACAUAUUUUUUGUAUGUACAACUUUUCUUAAAGUGAAAUAAAACGUAAAAUUAUA